GUAUUAAUCCACCAUCGCGAACGGGCAAAUGGUGUGCGAAUCGAUUAUUUCAAAUGCGAGUGCCGCGAAGAGUGAGCGAAUCUCUUGUCUCGGCGGUAAGAACAAACCAGCGGAUAAUAUUCCCGAGCUACGUUAACAAACUUUCCCGCUCGAUUUCGAUUACCUCGAGCAGUCGCGCGCGAAAUCGUUUGCAUUCUUGAACGCGUCAAUCUCCUGUCGCAGCCGCGAGAUCUUCUCGUUCAGUCCGGCCAAGGCGGCGACGAUGCACUCGAUAUCAAUUUCCGCGCUGCAGGACCGAUACACGGGCGGUCCAUUUGCGGCGCGCAGAUCCAUCAGCGGCUGUUGUUUCACAGCUCAUGAUCGUCUUGUAGCUUAUAACCAACGCGACAUAUGUCACGCACGCAAAUAACGUCGCAUCGUUCGAGACGUCGAGACGCGAAUGAUCUUCACGUCGCAGAUCAUUCGUUCCUCGGAGCUGACUAAAUUGUCAAGAAGAUCGACAUUAGUUGCAAGACCAACAUUCAAGAUGUAAUUGCGAGACAAAUAUAUUAUCACACCGAAAGUCCGAGAUGGCCAACAACGACAUCGACGACAUCCUGGCGCGCCUCGACGAAAUCAAGAAACUGCAGGCGGAACUUCGGCAUUUGGUGCCUCGAGUCGCCAGUAACUCGUCCAGAGCCGGGCCCCAGGACUUGACCAGCGACACGUCCGCGUCGAUUCGCUUCCCGUCUCUUGUCACAUUCCCAGGAGUCUCGAGUCUCUCUUCGUCGUCCACGACGAACGGGCGAGUACAGAAGUCGGCCAUGCACUUGAAUCUCAGCAGUAAAUUGUCGCUGAGUGACAAUCGGCCCUCGACAGCUUCUCUGGCAAACGCCUGGAGGUCCACGAAGACCAGAUCGUCUGUAAAGGAAACGAAUGCCUUCAGGGAUUCGCCGAGGAGCGCGCACGAUGUCGCCGCGAAAUCGCUCGCGAAAAACUCCAUCGUCCCGAACACCUCCACCUCUGCGGCGAACUCGACGAGGAUCACGCGGUCUCUGACGAAGAGCAACACUGUCGGCCGAAUCGCCAAGCAUCUGCAAGGAGCAAUUAGGAAUGGACCGAACAACGAGACUGCGUCUGCAGACAAAACGCCGCGCGCGACUCUUGAGAGAUCAAAUCUUGCGUCUAAAAACAGAAAUCAUUCGAAUGCGAUACACUCGUCUGUGCAGACAUCAGGUGUGCCAAUUUGCGCGGAAAGGACGGCGAAAUCACGAGGAACGCAGUGGUGGCUAAAAAGAAAUCGUCAUCGUGACAGAAAUGGCGUGCAAAGGCGAACAUUUUUUGAGCGAAUCAUGAAAAAAUGGAAUUGCUGCUUCGUGGACGAAAGGAGGGUCACCGUGCCGCAUCAUUAUCCGGGUAGUGGAAUACCUAAAAGAGUACACGUGCGCCAUACAAGGAUGAGCGAAGAUGAAAUCCUGCAGGUCCGUGUGUCUGCGGCGAAAAUUAUUGUCAACUGACAUGAUCUAUAAAAAUUGAUCGGACCUGAGAACACACAAGAUGAAGAACAAUGAGAAUUCGUAAAUAAAUUUACCUCGAGAGAAAAUCAAAUUGUUGCGUUAAUUGGAGCGUUAAUUUACAUUCUGCGCCAGGAUUAAGAUGUUCUCAUUGGGUUAAAUAAUUAAUAAGAUUAUCUCGGACAAAUACGUCAUCGUUUCGGGAGAAAUGUUUCCGAUCGUCGGUAAAUAAACAUUUUUUUU